AUGAGCCUGCUCACACUUUUGCUGGCUCUUGUCAGCUUGACAGCGCUUACUCUCGCUCAGAGCUCUUUCAGUUGUGCGAACAAUGACCGAACAUGGAUCACCGAUUCGAACGGUAUAGAAUACCUCUUAAGAUGUGGAUCAGACACGGACGGCGGGGCAUUUCGAGCCGAAUUCACUACCCAGGGCUUCAACGCAUGCCUAACAAUAUGUAAGUCGGGCAAUUCGGUUUACUUCUGUUUUUCUUUAAGAAGACUGAAUAUCCCUCAAGGUUCUACCAAUUGCGUGGGAUAUGAAGAAUGCGCACCAUGUGCUGGCUUCACCUUCGCCGGGAGUAACGAAGACUACGGAACGGGCUCGGGAUACUGCUAUUAUAAAGCUCCAAUUUCCAAUGGAUACAAUUCUUUCUCCGGCGGCAACUCGCGGCUCGUUAGUGCAAUCAAAAGACCAAACUAUCCGCCGACGCCACCUUCGUACCAGUGUCCAGCUCAGGACCUGCAUGUUGUUAGAGAUACAUCCGGCUAUCAGUAUGUCUUGGGCUGCGCACGAGACACAUACUCAGAAUCGGUUGCCCGUACCAGCGUUGCAGACUCCUUCAAUGACUGCUUCUCGGCCUGUAAUUCGUACGCGGGCUGCACUGCUUUCACAUAUCAAGGAGGCCGAAAUGGUGUUGGUGCCGGCACAUGCUAUCUUAAGAACGCAAAUUCGACCUGGAUCGGAGGUAGACUCGAUUCCUUGGUAUCAGCCAUCCGAUACGCAAAUUUCGAUAACGCCCAAGAUUACAGACUGGUAUAUCCCACGACUACAUCGACUACAACGACUAGAACGACCACAUCGACUACAACGACUACAUCGACUACAACGACUACAUCGACUAUAACGACUACAUCGACUACAACGACUACAUCGACUACAACGACUACAUCGACUACUAGAACGACUACUUCGACUACAACGACCACAUCGACUACAACAACUAGCAGUAGCUCAAGACCUACGUCGAGUGUUGCCUCUGCGAGCGGACGUCAGUAUUGCGCCCAGCUCUUCAACGCUGGACCAGUGGUAUACUGCGAUAUGUGAGUCGGAGACACGAAAGACCGAUAUCGUUGGAAUUCGCAAUUAUUGCAGACAAGUGCGAAUUGAUCAUACAAACUCCAAACCGU